CCGGUUGUCAUGUCCGCGUGUGUCUGGCGCUUAUACGUCUACACCGUCGCGAAGUGCACUGAAGGAACCUCACCAAUGGUACCACCUAUGGCGCUCAAACGUCACCACCCGUCUUUGACUUGGAUGGGUACCGAAUUAGACUAGACUUGGAUGAGUACCAUAUUGGACUAAUAGACAGGAGCUUUUGGUGCAGUGAACGUCCAAUAUGGCGUUCCCUAAAAGUAGGGAAUCCGAAAGUACUUUGGAUCUGGGUUUCUCGAGAAAAUCUGCUGCUUGUUUCGUGACGUCAGACACCAGCGACAGCCGACGUGAAGUACAAGUGCGCCGGCUGUGCUGUCGGCAUAUCGACCUCUCCUGUCCUCAUUUCAGAGACGCCAAAUUCAGACGCUGCUAACAAAGCUGGCAGCUGAAGCGUAUGACGCUAUUCCAGCAGGCACAGAGGACGACAAACGGAGGUAUAUUUAAAAACUGAGCAGCUUACUGCCAACAUGCAGCCAUUAACGUAUCUUUGGAGAGAUUCAAGUACACGUAAAAUAUAUUCUCAUCUGUUUGUGUGUGACUAAGCGUGUGUCAUCAGUGAUCACUGGUGCUGGAACUAUUCUACUCAUAUAAGUGAAGCGUCGAUGUGUGAGUGAUAAGAAUCUUAUAGCUAUCUCCCCAGUGCAUACUACCUCAAAGGAAUCUCAUUAUCAACCGUUCUUCACGAGUACCUGUCCAGAAUCCUACUCGGGAAACAGUCUUUAACAUUACAGGUUCUGGAGCAUUUUUGGUCUCGUUAUUCCAGUUAUCCCUGUAUGGAAAAUACUCAGGACGGGUACCUAAGACGUUAGUGUAAAGUGUCACGAAGCUUCCUGAAUGUGCGUGUGUAGUGUAAUGAAGUGAGUAACAGAAGUGGCGACUGGAAACGCGGAUGCUGUUGUCCAGGAUCCGGCCGAGAUCUGUCCAACAUGAGCAGAGACUUCCAGUCGGUGAGCGAGGUGGCCUGGAGCGUCCGGAGGGACGGGCUGCUGGAAGGCCCUACUGAUAAUGACACCGACUGCGCCCACAGCCAACUGCCCUCUGUCAAGGACUACUACACAGAGCUGAGUCCGGUGCUGGUGUGGGUCAUCGCCGUCUCCACGGUGGCGGUCCUGUCCACGUGCGCCGUCUACGUCAUGAGCUUGUGGCACGUGCUCACCAGGGCUGCACCCACACUCAAGUCGCCUACCAGCUACGUGCUCACCAUACACCCAGUGGCGGCUGUGGCGUCGUACAUCUCGGUGAUGAUCCCGCGCACGUACUUCCUGAUGGAGGCGCUGGUGCAGGACCUGUUCACCAUCUGCGUGUACCAGAUGUUCUGCCUGCUGGCCGCCUACUACGAGCAGGAGGCCGUCUCGCGCAAGCUGCGGGGCGCCUGCAUCCGGCUGAGCACGGGGCCCUGUUGCUGCCUGCCAUGCUGCCGACGCCUCUGCACGCCCGUGCCGCUCACCAGCCUCUGCGACAGAACCUGUUGCUCGGAAUUUGGCCAGAAGCUUGGCAACUGCGCUUCGAGUGAUGGGCUGUCUGGUUGGGUGACGACUGUUGAAAUCCUCAGCAAUGACCCGUGUGCUACUUUCUCCUGGUAUCAAGAUCAUUUCAAUGCGUUCCUCAUGUGUUUUUGUAACCUGUAA